AUGGAGGUAAUGGAAGAUGGAAAUUUAAUGGACAAAGUGAACAUCCUAAUUCAAAGAGACAUGGAAUACUAUACAAAAAAUCAAACUAUUUUACAAGAAACUAUAUGUGCAGGAAUUAUCGGAGGGAAACUAGAUUUUCCACGAUCGGCCUCAUUCGCUUCAGUAAAAUUAGUGUUAUGGUGGGAGAAAGAAUUUGAAGCAGCUCAUAAAAAACCGUCUGGUUUUUUACCGAAAUCUAAAUGCAAAAAGGAUACACAACUUGAUGAUGACAAUGGGGGUAUCGUUAAAGAUUCUGAUCCUUCUAAAUUUGUUUCACUUAUUGUCAAAUCCGCAGAUCAGUUACUAGCCCAUCUCCACGUCCUUACCCAAGAAGCUCUGGAUCACGCCGAUUUGGCCGUUCUCACUGGAACAAUCGGAGCAUCCGCUCUAUUAAAAAACUGUCUGUGGUUCUAUAUACGAGCUAUAAAAGAUGAAAAAACUACGAGCGUAGAAAAUUUGCAAACCAGUUACAAGAAGUAUCAUGAAAUGUGCGAGGCGUUAGCGGAAAGGUUACUAGAUCUACAUUGUAGACUUAUAUCUCUUUAUAUUCUACAAGAUGCUGAAUGUUUGGAUUGGGAAAACGAAAAACCUUUUUUUGAAUCCGAAAGAGGAUCUUAUACAAUCCAAAUGUGGUGGUUAUACAUGCAAGGUACGAAAGAAGACUUAUGGAGCACUGUGCCUCCGAGAAUGGCACAAAGAGUAUUUGGAGGCAUGUUAAAUGAAUCACUGACUAUUUUAACUGUGAGAUAUACGCAGGGAAUACCAUCUGAGACUCGCAAUAAACUGAUAGUGGUAGAUAUAAGCAAUCUAUUGAUGUGUAUAGCAGAAUUAUUACCUGCUUUAUGUGAUAAUGCUAAAGAAUUGACGGGUACCACUUAUAAUACUGGUACUAAAAUAUUAAGAGAUAUCCAUACGAAAUGUCAAGAAUUGUAUACUUGUUUGCUGUUAAGAGCUGCUCCUAUUGACAUACUUAAUAAGGUAUUCCACAAAGGUUUAGAUAUAGAAAUGUGUAAAUCGAAAACUUCUGGAAUUGCCCCAUGGAUGACAUUCGCACAACCAAAUAUAUUUGAUAAAAAAAUUCAACAAGGAACUAAAAUUGACGAUUUAAAUCCAGAUAUCUAUAUAGCUCUUGAACUUACAGUGUUAUUGAGUCAGCCGCAACUAAAUUGGGCCCAGUUGUUGAAGGUAUUAUGCAUGAAUAAAUACAAAAUCCUAAAAAUAAUAUUGAGCUCGAUGAGAGAAUAUUUUACGCUUUUGAUGGAAAAACCAUUAAAUAAAAACUCAACAUGUUCAUAUUUUUUAUGUAAUGAAGAAGGAUCGUGCGGAGACGAGAAUGUGGUUUCUGUAAAUUUACAAGCCAUCCAUUAUUAUAAUUUGAUUUUGUCUUCGACAGAAAUAUUGUUAUUUGUUGGUAACAAAACGGAUUUAAUGGAUAUUCUGUUACCUCUAAUUAUUGAACAACCUAAUUGGGCAUAUUGUUUAGAAAGGAGACAUGUAUGGAAUCAAAUUCGUCCAGCUUGGUAUGAAGCUAUUCUAAAUUUUACAACAGAAAUACUACCAAUCGUUGCAGAUACAGUAAUUCAUGCAAUUCAAACCGAAGCAACUAUGUAUCAAGGGAUGUCUAUAAUUUUAGCGUGUGCUAGCCAAUUUUGGGAUUACAUCAACCCUACUUUAUAUAGAAUAUCAUCUUUAUUACAAGAACACAUCCUAGCGGAUAUCGUCCCACUAAAUAAUUCAACUUUAGUCCAAAUUCUUGUUUGUUCUAUUUACAGCUAUUUAUUGAGAAAAUCGAGAGAAAUCAAAAAAGAGGUUCGUAUAGAAGAAAUUACAUCAAUGAUAGCAGCUACUAAUAAUCCACCUGAAGCUAUAGCUCUAGCUGUAGCUGAAUCUUUAUGUAGCAUAGACGAAGAUAAUAAGCAUACUAAUCAAAUUGAUGAAUUCUUAAGUCAAGUUAAAUCUUACGUUGAAAGCGAGAUGGCAGUAAGCACGUAUAAACGAUUGGAAGAAAAUCAGAUUUUCGCAGAAGUCGCAGUUAGUGAAAUUUUAGCUUCAGCCACUGGUAAAAACAGCCUAAAGAUGCUAUAUUGGUUCGUAAAAUGUAACGCCGAUUAUAUAUACAAGAUGCUAGGGGUAAACGAUGAGGUAGGCGAUAUUCAGCCACAAAGGGGUUUUUUAAAACAAAUCUCAUUACUUCAUACGAUGUUCAAUAUAAAUUCUCGUCCAUUUGAUCAGUUAUUAUCAGGAAAAUGGCAACCAAACUGGUUGAAACUACUACAGAAUCCUAUGGGGAUAUCUAAAGAUCGAAUAUGGAAACAAAUAUCACAACGAUGGGAAUUUAGAAAUACCAGUUCAACAACGAUUCCUCCAAAUACGAUCCUAAUGGUUAAUAACAUAACGUCUAGUUUUAAAUAA